AUGAUUUGGCAACUAACAUCUUAUUGGACAUCCCUGGGCAUCCUCCUGAUUUUUGCUCUACUUCUGCAGCCACCGCUUACACAACUUUCCAUCAUCACACAACCAAACAUUGUCCUACUGAUGGCCGAUGACCUCGGCAUAGGGGAUGUAGGUUGCUAUGGGAAUGAUACUAUCAGGACCCCAAACAUUGAUCGCCUGGCAAAGGAAGGAGUGAAGCUGACGCAACACAUUGCUGCGGCUCCACUUUGCACCCCCAGCAGAGCAGCUUUCCUCACUGGCAGAUAUCCGCUCCGAUCAGGGAUGGAUGCUAUAAACAAUUACCGAGUUAUUUUUUGGAAUGGUGGCUCAGGAGGGCUUCCUCCAAACGAAACUACUUUUGCCAAAAUACUGCAGCAGCAAGGCUACAGGACAGGACUGAUAGGGAAGUGGCAUCUAGGUGUUAACUGUGAAUCCCGAGAUGACCACUGUCAUCACCCUUUAAACCACGGGUUUGACUAUUUUUAUGGGAUGCCUUUUACGCUCGUAAGUGACUGCCAGACAACAGAAACACCAGAGAUGGACAGAGCCUUUAGAAGGAAGCUCUGGCUUUCCACUCAGAUGAUUGGCCUCAUUACACUCACUGCUGCCCUGGGGAGAAUCACUGGCUUGAUAUCAGUCCGCUGGAAAACGCUGACCUGCCUUGCUGGGUUUAGUCUCCUGUUCUUCCUAUCCUGGUUCUCAAGUUACGGCUUUGUACGAUACUGGAACUGCAUUAUGAUGAGAAAUAACGAAGUUACUGAGCAGCCAAUGGUGACAGACAGGACCACGUCCCUUAUCUUGAGAGAGUCCAUUUCAUUUAUUGAAAGAAAUAAGCACAAGCCAUUCCUCCUUUUUCUUUCCUUUCUACACUCGCACACCCCUCUUCUCACCACAGAGAAGUUUCUCGGGAGGAGCAGCCACGGUUUAUACGGAGACAAUGUAGAGGAGAUGGACUGGAUGGUGGGCCAGGUUCUAGAUGUUAUUGACAAGGAAGGCUUGGAAAAUACUACACUAGUUUACUUUGCUUCUGAUCACGGUGGGUGGCUGGAAAGACAAGAAGGCAAAAGGCAGUUGGGUGGCUGGAAUGGAAUAUACAAAGGUGGAAAAGCAAUGGGAGGCUGGGAAGGAGGAAUCCGUGUCCCAGGGAUAUUUAGAUGGCCAGGAGUGUUACCUGCAGGCACAGUUAUCGAUGAACCUACAAGCCUUAUGGACAUUUAUCCUACUGUAGUUCAUCUGGCUGGAGGGGUACUACCCCAGGACAGGAUAAUCGAUGGCCGGGAUCUGCUGCCUUUACUGCGAGGAACAGCUGAACACUCGGAGCACGAGUUCCUAUUUCAUUACUGUGGCGUGCACUUACAUGCCGUGCGGUGGCACCAGAAGGACAGUGGAGCCAUCUGGAAGGCUCACUACACGACCCCUGUCUUUCAUCCACCUGGAGCUGGGGCUUGUUAUGACAGAGGAUUUUGCCCGUGUUUUGGGGAAGGUGUGACCCAUCAUGACCCCCCAUUGCUGUUUGACCUCUCACGAGACCCUUCUGAAGCCAAACCUCUGUCACCUGACAACGAACCCCUCUUUGACACUGUGAUAAGGAAGAUUGGAGGAGCCAGAGAAGAGCAUCACAGGACACUGACUCCAGUCCCAGAGCAGCUCUCCUUGUACAACGCAGUGUGGAAGCCGUGGCUGCAGCCAUGCUGUGGGACAUUCCCAUUCUGUUGGUGUGAUAAGGAAGAUGAUAAUAAAUUUGCUGACCUGUAA